AUGCGCCUGAAAAGCCCUCCGGAAAUAUUGGUCGCACAGCUGGUGUUUCUUGCCGCGCAAUGUGUGUCCGCGAAGACCGCGACCGAGAUCGUUGACAAGAGAGAAACAGCGCCGUCUCCAAUUGUUAUAGCCCCAUCACAAAAUUGGGACGGCAAUGAUGGCUCGUGGUCCUCGUUCCCAUUCCAGGUCGGGAACCCAGCCCAAAAUGUGAGGUUGUUUGUCGCCACGGCUUCCCACCAGACGGUUGUCGUGCUUCCUGAAGGAUGUAUUGCCUCGGACCCGUCGAAUUGCGCCGACUUACGAGGAGGAGAAUAUCAUACAAAUGCAUCGUCGACUUGGUUCAAGAACACCGCGAAUCUGACAACGAAUAUCUAUCCGCUUCAAAUGGGCCAGCAACUUGGGUAUACUGGAAGGGCUGCGCUAGGCUCUGACGAUAUCACGCUCGGGUGGCAGGGCGCUGGAGGACCAACCGUGAAGAACCAAACCGUCGCAGGAAUUGCUACAAAAGACACAUAUUUGGGACUCUUCGGUCUGACACCACGAGCAAGCAAUUUCACCAGCUUUAACAACCCAAUUCCCAGUUUAGUGCAGAAUCUCAAGAGCCAGUCACUGAUCCCAAGUCUAUCGUGGGCAUAUACAGCUGGCAAUCAAUAUCGUCUAAGCCAGGUUCUUGGUAGCCUCACAUUGGGAGGAUACGACAGGUCUCGAUUUGUUGCUCACGAUAUCACGUGGGGGUUUAACUCACAGGACAUCCGCGAUCUCACGGUUCAGAUAACCUCGAUCACUUCAAGUACGAAGAGUUCAGAGGCUUCUCUCCUCCCUUCUUCGAUCCCGGCGUUUCUUGACUCGAGCCUGCCGUAUAUCUGGCUCCCCCAAGAAGCAUGCGCCUUAUUCGAGAAAGCUUUCAACCUAACUUGGGACACCAAGACAGAGCUAUAUCUCCUCACGGAUUCCCAGCAUAAAGCUUUGGCCUCGCAAAAUCCAAACAUUACAUUCACUUUGGGAAAUCUGACAGAGGGGGUCGCGGUCAACAUUACGCUUCCUUAUGCGGCAUUCGAUCUCAUGGCCAAAGCACCCCUAGUGUCGAAUGCCACAAGAUAUUUCCCCCUAAAACGAGCGGACAAUUUCACGCAAUACACAUUAGGACGAACAUUUUUCCAAGAAGCAUACGUCAUAGCAGAUUACGAUCGCGGCAAUUUCUCCGUCUCCCAAUGCAGUUGGGUCCCUAACGCCCAACAAGACAUUGUUGCAAUCGCGGCGCCUUCCACAUCGUCCCCUUCCUCAACCGGCAAUGGAACUACGACUACCGGCGAUAAAUCCAAGUCUUCGACUUCCGUCCCUGCGGGGGCAGUAGUCGGCGGCGUUGUCGGGGGCGUCGCGGUUCUCGCAGCAGUUUCAUUCCUCAUCUACCAUUUCUGUAUUAAACCCCGUCGCCGUAAGGCAGAGGCAGCAGCAGCAGCCACCGUCGCAGUUGAAGAAAAGCCUCCCACGCCACCACAAGACCCAGAAGCGCCAUCCGACGACCCAACAUACGUCAAGCCAGAGCUUGACACACAGCCCAUCACAACCCGGUGGGAAAUGGAAGGAGGGAAGAAUGUACAUCCAGAAAGAGAAGGUGGUGUUGCAGAGGUUGAUGGCCAUUCUGCGCAAGUCCACGAAUUGCCCGCAAGGGAAGAAGUAGCUGCCGAAUUAAUGGGCCAGAGAGAUAUCGCUGUUGAGAUGGCUGGCUCGACACACCAAGAGCGAAACCCUAGAUUUAGUUGGCAAAAUACACCGGUGGAGAUGCACUCAAGUAGGGGCCGGAUUCCGGCGACACCAAGGUGGAGUUGGGUUACUUCUCCAGGAGGAGACACACUUUAUGGCUCUAGUGAGAAAGAUCCAUCCAGCCCUCAGAGUGGGAGUGCGACAUUGAGUCCCCAAAGCGGGAGUGCGACAUUGAGUUCCCAAAGCGGGAGUGCGAUACUGAGUCCCCAAAGCGGGAGUCGGACGUUGAGUCCCCACAGUGACAGUGAGACCGCCGUGUCUGAACCUUCUCCGCAAUCUUCGAGGGCAUGGAUGAGGCGGGUGCCUGAGUGA